AUGGAUCGCUACGCUUCCUAUGCAGCGACCGAUAUGAUGGAAGCGUACUAUAAAGUUGCCCUCAAGAAAGUUGUUGAUGACAUCAGCGUCCUCGCUAUUGAGGCGUUGUAUGGCUUAAACGAUGAUGUCAUCCAGAGAAUUGCAGCGGAGAGUGAGGAAUCAGCGGCUGAGCGGGCGCGAUCCACAGAGAGGUUGAAGAUCUUGGAAAUGGGAUUCCAAGCCUUGAAUAGUCUCAAAAGCCAUUCGAGGAAGACUGGGUUCAAAGAAUCAGCAAGCACUGAGGGCGACAUGGGUUCCCCACUUUUGGAGACUGAUCCUGAGGAGCUGGAUAUUACACCCCCACCAGACGAGGAGCACUCUGAACUGUGGCCAGCUGUGGAAGCGGAAGCACCGAUGCCCGAAAAGCCAUGUGACCUUCCACCGCCUUCGGUAGAGGUCAACUUUGCUCUGUCAGGAAAGCUGAAAUAUGGCAAGGGUAGGCGCCGACUCAAAGGCACCAAAGCAACAGGUGCGCUGGAGCCAGACUGGAAAUAUUUCCAGGGUUACUACAGGAGGCAGACAGGGAAUCCGGUGGGCAAGGAGAUGAGUGAAGAUGUUCGCCGAGUGGUUCAACAGCAUCCCAUCUGA